AAUCACACCAAAUCAAACUAAUUUUGUGUAUACACAUAUAUGUCUGUUUCGAGUCAAAUUCACUGUCCACUUUGAGGUUGACUUUUAACUUUCGAUUGUUUAGCUCCUAACUUAUUUUGGUCAUGGACUCGGCAAAUAAUGGCGUUACUUGCUCUGAAUUCUGAUGUGUAUUAUUUCGAUGCAUAUGGUAAGUUGGAAUCUUGAUACUUCGCUGAAUUUGCCAUCUGGGACAAGCAAUCUGCCAUCUCCGUCUUUCCCUGCAUCAAAGUUGGGAGCCUUUGGCCGAACGGAUCUAGGAUCUAAAUUUUGCGAGGAUACUAGACUAUAUCUGGCAUGCAAUGAUGCAACUGAGAAUUUGAACAGGAAGCAGCAGAUAAAACUAUACAGUUAUUUUAAGAGCACUUCUUCGUGUCGAGUUCGUAUCGCGCUUAACCUGAAAGGGAUUGAUUAUGAUUAUGAAGCUGUAAACUUGCUUAAAGGAGAGCAGCACACACCUGAGUACUUGAAGCUGAAUCCCAUGGGUUAUGUUCCGGCUCUGGUUGAUGGUGACAUAACAAUUGCGGAUUCUUUUGCCAUCAUAAUGUAUCUAGAAGAGAAGUAUCCUCAGCAUCCAUUGUUGCCGGAUGAUCUGGUUACCAGGGCAGUGAACUUCCAGGCUGCAAAUAUAGUUUCCUCGGGCAUACUUUCUCUACAUAAUUUGUCGGUGCUGACAUAUAUUGGUGAGAAAUUUGGUCCUGAUGAGAGGCUUCCUUGGGUUCAGUUUCAUAUCCGAAAAGGCUUCACUGCUCUCGAGAAGCUAUUGAGUGACCAUGCUGGAAAGUAUGCCACUGGAGAUGAAGUUUACCUGGCUGAUAUAUUUCUGGCACCCCAGAUCGAUGCAGCAAUUAAAAGGUUCAGCAUUGAUAUGACUGAGUUCCCUCUUUUAUCAAGGUUAAAUGCUGCAUACAAGGAGCUGUCUGCAUUCCAGGAUGCCAUGCCGGAAAAGCAGCCAGAUACUCCAAUCGCGGUUAUUUAAGUGAUGGAACCGCAAUUAACUCUAAACAUAAUAUGUUCUUCCAGACUUCCUGUAACAUCCACAAACUGUAGAACUGUUGCUUAAUCACACUCAUCUUUUUUCGAUUCGUUGCAUAUUCGUUUGUAUUCCAAAGGUGAACCUGCAGCUGAUAAACUGGAGUUACAGCUGCAGAUCAUAUAAACUGGAACUGUAGUUGCAGAUCAUAUAUUGAUAGUUUAAACAUUAUCUCA